AUGCAGUCCUCGGGAGGCUUAGAGAUUCCACAGGACCCAUUGAAAGCCAAUCCUCAGGUUCACAUUGAGUACAUGAAACAGGCGCUCGAUUUGGCAAGAAAAUCACCCCCGAAGCCCACGAAUUACCGCGUUGGCGCGUUACUCGUUGAUUCGAAGACCGAUACCAUCCUGGCGACAGGUUAUACGUUAGAAUGCGAGGGAAACACUCAUGCCGAGCAGUCAUGUUUGAUCAAGCUUUCCAAAGAGCAUAAUCUACCGGAAGAGAACCUAGUGGAGAUCCUCCCAGAUAGUACUGUGCUUUAUACGACUGUUGAGCCUUGUUUCAAGCGUUUGAGCGGCAACCUGCCGUGUGUUGAGAGGAUAUUGAGACUAGGAAAUGCAAUCAAAACCGUCUACGUGGGUGUGAUAGAACCAGAGAAGUUUGUUGGCCAGAACACAGGAAGAAAACAGUUGGAAGAGGCUGGUAUCAAGGUGGUCCUGGUGAGAGGCAUGGAGGAUGAAAUCUUGUUGGUUGCAACGGCCGGCCAUAUCUCUUGA